AUGAAGUUCAACGCCGACGUCUCUUCCUCGCGGCGCAAAUCGCGCAAGGCCCACUUUGAUGCCCCCUCCUCUAUCCGCCGCAAGAUCAUGUCCUCGGCCCUCUCGAAGGAACUGCGUGCCAAAUACAACUGCCGGUCUCUACCCGUCCGCAAAGAAGACGAGGUUCGCAUUGUCCGGGGAAAAUACAAGGGUCGUGAGGGAAAGAUUACACAAGUAUACCGCAAGAAGUGGGUCAUCCACGUUGAUCGUGUGCAACGGGACAAAUCGAAUGGCGCUACCUCCCCCAUUGGCAUCCACCCAAGCAACGUCGUUAUCACCACUAUUAAGCUGGACACUGAUAGGAGGGCGAUCUUGGAGAGGAAGGACCGAAAGAAGUCGGUGAAGGUGUCUGCUGAUGUCGAGAUGGUUGACUAA